UGGCGCGUCACUGAAGAACGACCAUGAUGGCGGCGGUUGGUGCACCAGAAGUGAUUUCACAGCUGGAAAGCGCUGCCAAAGUUUUAAUGGCACCGCCGUCCAUGGUCAGCACAGAGCAAAGGCAGCAUGCAGAGCACAUAUUCCUGUCCUUCAGGAAGUCAAAAUCCCCCUUUGCCGUCUGCAAACACAUCCUUGAGACGAGUAAAGUGGACUAUGUGCUGUUCCAGGCCGCCACAGCCAUCAUGGAGGCUGUGGUACGAGAAUGGAUCCUUCUGGAGAAGAACAGCAUCGAGUCACUCCGAACAUUCCUCCUCACCUAUGUCUUACAGAGACCCAAUCUGCAAAAGUAUGUUCGAGAGCAGAUCCUGUUAGCAGUAGCAGUAAUAGUGAAGAGAGGCUCCCUCGACAAAUCCAUCAACUGUAAGAGCAUCUUCCACGAGGUCAGCCAGCUCAUCAGCAGUGGCAAUCCCACAGUGCAAACAUUGGCUUGCUCCAUCCUGACAGCCCUAUUAAGUGAGUUCUCCAGCUCCAAUAAGACCAGCAACAUUGGCCUCAGUAUGGAGUUUCACGGAAGCUGUAAACGCAUCUUUCAGGAGGACGACCUCAGGCAGAUCUUCAUGCUCACUAUGGAGGUCCUGCAGGAAUUUAGCCGGAGGGAGAACCUCAAUGCUCAGAUGUCCUGUGUGUUCCAGCGCUAUCUUGCACUGGCUAAUCAAGUGCUUAGCUGGAACUUUCUUCCACCCAAUCUGGGAAGGCACUACAUUGCCAUGUUUGAAGCCACUCCGAAUGUCAUGCUCAAGCCCACAGAGUCCUGGAGGGAGUCUCUUCUAGACCACAGAGUCAUGGACCUUUUCUUCACUGUGCACAGAAAGAUCAGAGAGGACUCGGACAUGGCGCAGGACUCUCUUCAGUGCCUGGCUCAGCUGGCCUCAAUGCAUGGUCCAAUCUUCCCAGAUGAAAGCGCUCAGGUGACCUACCUGGCCCACCUAGUGGAAGGAUUACUCAACAUGAUCAAUGGUAUUGAGAUUGAGGACUCUGAGGCCGUGGGCAUCUCUAGCAUCAUCAGUAACCUCAUCAGCACAUUUCCUCGAAGCGUUCUGACUGCACUCCCAAAUGAACUUUUCGCCUCUUUCAUUAACUGCCUCACACUUCUCACAUGCUCCUUCGGUCGCAGCGCCGCUCUGGAGGAGGUGCUGGAUAAGGAUGACAUGGUGUACAUGGAGGCGUAUGAUAAGCUGCUGGAGUCAUGGCUGACGCUGGUGCAGGAGGACGAGCACUUUCCCCGAGGCUGUUUUGUCCAGCCGGCCGUGCAGGUCUUCAACUCAUACAUUCAGUGUCACCUUGCUGCUCCCGACGGCACCAGAAACCUGACUGCAAACGGUGUCGCUUCUCAUGAAGAGGAAGAAAUAAACGAGUUGCAGGAGGACGACAGAGAGCUGUUCUCAGAUCAGCUGGCCAGUAUCGGCAUGUUGGGCCGCAUUGCUGCAGACCACUGUAUACCUCUGCUCACAGGAUUGUUGGAGGACCGAGUCACGCGGCUUCACGGGCAACUCCAGAGACACCAACAGCACCUCAUGGCCGCCGCGGACCCUGACACGGUGGACCGAAAAGUUCUAGAUGACCUUUACGAAGACAUUCAUUGGCUCAUAUUAGUGUCAGGCUACCUCUUGGCUGAUGACCCUCAGGGUGAGACCCCCCUAAUACCUUCAGAAGUGAUGGAGCACUCCAUUAAACACUCGACGGAGGUGGACAUCAACACUACACUGCAGCUCCUCGGCUCUCCCGGAGAAAAGGCCACCUCCAUCCCAGGGUGCAACAGGACAGACUCUGUUAUCAGGUUGUUAUCGGCGGUGUUAAGGACGUCAGAGGUUGAAUCUCGGGCUACAAGAGCAAGUCUGACUCAACUAUUGAGUCCUCAGAUGGGCAAAGACAUUGUCUGGUUUCUCCGGCGCUGGGCAAAGACGUACCUGCUGGUGGAUGAGAAGCUCUAUGGCCAAAUCAGUAUACCUCUCAGCACAGCUUUUGGAGCAGACACUGAGGGAGCGCAGUGGAUUGUGGGAUAUCUGCUGGAGAAGGUGAUCAAUAAUCUGUCAGUGUGGAGCUCUGAGCCUGAGCUGGCUAAUGAUACUGUGGAGCUACUGGUGACUCUAGUGGAGAAGAGAGAGAGAGCAAACAUCGUGGUGCAGUGUGAGAACUGGUGGAGCUUGGCCAAGCAGUUUGCCAGUCGCAGUCCUCCAUUGCACAUGCUGUCCAGCACAGUCCAGCGCACCCUGAUGAAGGCUCUGGUCCUGGGUGGCUUUGCUCACAUGGAUUCUGAAACCAAACAGCAAUACUGGGCCGAGGUACUUCAUCCACUCCAGCAGCGCUUCCUGAACCUCAUCAACCAGGAGAACUUCGCUCAGAUCUGUCAAGAGGAAGCGGUGAAGCAGGAGAUCGUGGCCACUCUGGAGGCUCUGUGCGGCAUCGCUGAAGCCACACAGAUCGACAACGUGGCAUCUCUCUUCAGCUUCCUCAUGGACUUCCUGUCCAGCUGCAUCGGCCUCAUGGAGGUCUACAGGAACUCGCCUGAAACGGUCAACCUUAUCAUAGAGGUGUUUGUGGAAGUGGCUCACAAACAGAUCUGCUACCUGGGAGAGACUAAGUCUAUGAAGCUGUACGAGGUGUGCUUGACGCUGCUGCAGGUUUACUCCAAGAACAAUCUGGGCCGCAAGAGACUGGAUGUGGCCGCAGAAGAGGAUCAGUACCAGGACCUUCUGCUCAUCAUGGAGCUCCUCACCAACCUGCUCUCCAAAGAGUUCAUAGACUUCAGCGACACCGAUGAGGUGUUUCGUGGGCAGGAGCAGAGCUCAGCUGCUGGACGAGCCGUAUCGGCUGCUGAUGUUGUGCUGUAUGGGGUCAAUAUUGUGCUGCCCCUCAUGUCUCAGGAUUUGCUUAAGUUUCCCUCUCUGUGUAACCAGUAUUAUAAGCUCAUCACCUUCAUCUGUGAGAUUUUCCCAGAGAAGAUCCCUCAGCUGCCUGAGGAGCUCUUUAAGAGCCUCAUGUGCUCCCUGGAGCUGGGAAUGACCUCGAUGAGCUCAGAGAUCAGUCAGCUGUGUCUGGAGGCUCUGUCCCCAUUGGCUGAACAGUGUGCCAAGACGCAGGAAAAGGACACACCCCUAUUUAUUGCCACGCGGCAUUUUCUUAAAUUGGUGUUUGACAUGCUCGUGCUGCAGAAGCACAACACUGAGAUGACUGUAGCAGCUGGAGAAGCACUGUAUACACUAGUGUGCCUUCAUCAGGCGGAGUACUCUGAGCUGGUGGAGACGCUGCUGUCCAAUCAAAGGGACGCUGUGAUCUACCAGCGGCUGGCGGAUGCGUUCAACAACCUCACUGCCAGUAGCACACCGCCAACCAUGGACCGCAAGCAGAAGGUGGCCUUCCUCAAGAGCCUGGAGGAGUUCGUCGCCAACGUUGGAGGGCUCCUGUGUGUCAAAUAAAGCAGUUCCUCCGGCACCUGUCCUCUUCAACUUCCCCUCUCCAGCCCUCGUCCACACAGAGAAGCCUUUCACCAUGCCAAACCAUGGAGAAACCGAGCGCCCGCCCGCUCGCCGCACAGGCCGGGACGCUCAGCCUCCAGAGAGGAGAGAGGCUGGCGAAGGCUGAGAGCAGCGACCCGCCACGAGCAUCUCAAACAUGUUUACUUCACCACUGAGAGGUCCUCAGAUGAACAUUCAUGAAGUGCUGAGGGGUACUCUUUCUGAAAACGGACCCCUUAAUCCCCUUUAUACUCACUCAAACACACAGUCCUUUGCAGACGCUUCUCCUCGAGUGCCUUUCGGUUUCUCAUGGCUCAGAUCCGGCCGUGUCCACAGAGACUAGUCGAACUGCGCUCACGGGAUCGAGAGCCAUGGAUGCCAUGAAAAAGAAAAAGCCUUUUCCAGUGGGACUUGGAUUGCAGGAAGGCCCUUUCGGGAAUAAAAUAACCAAAUCACUUUCGUGUUUAAGGGUGUAUAUAUAUUUUCAAAAGCAGACAAAAAAUGAAAGUGUUUAAAAGGACUGAAGUUUUUAUAAGACUAUAGUUGAUGACUUUCUGACUUUUUUAUGACUUUACCUGAAGGAAAAGGGGGCUCGUUUGAAUUCUUCAUUUCGAUUGAUUUGAUUGAUUGUAGUUUUACUCUUUUGCCGUUGUCAUUUUGCCCUGAUAACAGCCAGCAGUAUCACUCAAAGUGUUUUCAACAUGGCUGACCAGAUACCAUGGGCGUUUCUCACAUGAUCGCCUGAUGCUCCUAUUAGUUUGUUUUUGAGACCAUAACGUCAAUAAUGUUCCACUUACAUUAGCACACACAGUUGUGGAGCAGUCAAAGUUGCUGUAGCAAUAAAAUACCAAAAAUGAUGAUGGAGGGAUGUCAGCUGUUUUAUUCAGGGCAUUUGAUGGUCUUUAUUUCCAUUGUUCAAAGCACUAAUUGUUAUUUUGGAAUGCCUGAAAUGAUCUGUAAAGUGUAUAUAAACUUGAUAUAAAAGCCGA